ACACUGUAGACGCCCAGCGCUUAUUCUGCGGGCCUCCUUGCCAGACACACACAGUACGGAAGGGCCUUCUGCAAGAUUAAGGGAGGGAAAUCACUUUGUUAGUUGGGGACAAGCAUAAACGGGAGCUUAAGAGUAAUUCUGGGUGUUUCCCGAGCGCAGUACGCUGUUACCAGGUCUUGACAUCGAAUUGAAAACGACAGGCGCUCUCUCAUUUAGGAUUUAAAAGGUUUUGCCAGAGACAGACAGCACAUCAAAGCCGAGUCGCUUAAUUGAUGGUUGGGAAGGGCUAGCCAGCACUGACAGACAAAGACCAGCAGACACCCCGAGCACAAAGGAAGAAUGAGCAUGCUUAAACCGAGCGGGCUGAAAGCUCCCAGCAAGAUCAGUAAAGCAGCAGCCACUGCAACCAAAACCAGCACAGCCGCUGCUCCAGCGAAACAAGCCUCCGUAGACAAGACCUCCUCAAGCCCGGCAUCAGCGUCUCAGGAGGACUUUGUGGAUGAUUUUCACGUCGGAGAGCGAGUCUGGGUCAAUGGAAACAAACCCGGAUUCAUUCAGUUCCUGGGGGAGACUCAGUUCGCCCCUGGCCAGUGGGCAGGAAUUGUUUUGGAUGAAUCGAUAGGAAAAAACGAUGGGUCGGUGGGCGGGGUGCGAUACUUUCAGUGCGAAGCCCAGCGAGGCAUAUUUACCCGGCCAUCCAAGCUAUCCCGCAAUCCCCUAGCGGAUGGCGAGGCCAACGGCACGCAGACAGCCCCCCAGUCUAGAAGCACGUCUCCCGCACGCGACUCUGCCAGCGUGUCCUUGCCGCCACCAGCAUCUUCCGCCUCAGCUGCUCAAAAGACAUCAACCACCCCGGUCACUCCCACCACGCCCACCACCCCAGUGACCAACCUCACAAGGACUGCCAGCGAGUCCGUAUCAAACCUGUCUGAGGCGGGCUCCGUAAAGAAAGGGGAGAGGGAGUUGAAAUUCGGGGAUCGUGUCCUGGUUGGGGGUACGAAGGCUGGAGUGGUGAGAUUCCUAGGAGAUACAGACUUUGCGAAGGGAGAGUGGUGUGGAGUCGAGCUUGAUGAGCCCUUGGGAAAGAAUGAUGGGGCCGUGGCUGGAACCAGGUACUUCCAGUGCCAGCCCAAAUAUGGGUUAUUUGCACCAGUCCAUAAAGUAACAAAGAUUGGAUUUCCAUCUACAACGCCAGCCAAGUCAAAAACACCGGCACGGAAAGUACUACCUACCCCGUCAGGCCUGAAACGAAGCCCCAGCGCCUCCUCCAUCAGCUCCCUCAGCUCGGUUGCUUCUUCAGUGGGCGGCAAACCCAGCCGCACUGGCCUGCUCACAGAGACCUCCUCCCGCUAUGCAAGGAAGAUCUCGGGCACCACAGCCCUGCAGGAGGCCCUGAAGGAGAAGCAGCAGCACAUCGAGCAGCUUCUGGCCGAGCGGGAUGUGGAGAGAGGCGAGGUCGCCAAGGCAACCAGCCACGUGGGAGAGAUCGAGCAGGAACUCUCGCUGCUCCGAUCAGGCCAUGAACAGUAUGUGUUGGAAAUGGAGUCUAAGAUGGACCAGCUGCGCACGCUGGUGGAGGGUGCGGACAAGGAUAAAGUGGACCUGGUCAACCAGCUGGAAGAGGAGAAGAGGAAGGUAGAGGACCUGCAGUUCCGGGUGGAGGAGGCUUGCAUUACCAAAGGAGAUCUGGAGACGCAGACCAAACUGGAGCAUGCCCGCAUUAAGGAGCUUGAACAGAGCCUGCUCUUUGAAAAGACCAAAGCUGACAAACUCCAGAGAGAGUUAGAAGACACUAGGGUAGCCACUGUAUCGGAGAAGUCCCGCAUCAUGGAGCUAGAGAGAGAUCUGAGGUCCCAGGUGAGAGAGGUGUCUGAGCUCCGUCACAGACUGGAGGCUUCCAGGGGGUCGGGCGAGUCCGACACUGCUGCUCCGCUGCUCGAGGAACUGAGCUCUUUGAGAGACCAGCUCGCCUCCAUAAGCAAAGAUCACCAAAUGGAACUCCAUGCCUUAAAAGAAAAACUUAGAAGUUCAGAGCAGGCGCAUGAGACGGAGCUGUCCCAGCUCCAGGCUGACAGUGAGAAACUCUCCAAAGAGAACGCAUCCUUGAAGACCAAACUAAACCAGGCCAGCCAGGAGAACUCGGACGUCGUUGAACUGUGGCGUUCGAAGCUGGAAUCUGCCGGCGCUUCACACCAGCAAACCAUGGAAGAGCUCAAAAUGUCCUUCAGCAAAGGGGCCAGCGGGCAGGCCACAGAGCUCAUCGAGCUGAAGAGCAGCGUGGAGAAGCUGAAGCUGGACCAGAAAAUGAAACUUGAAAAUAUCAGAGCGAAACACGUUGCCGAGAACUCUGUGUGCUUCAAAGAGAUCGAGGACCUGAAGACCAAGCUGCUGGAGGUCACUGAGGAGAAGGAGAAGCUGGUGGAGAACCUCAAGACCAAUCUGGAGGACAUAGAGGAGCAGCACCUGGUGGAGAUGGAAGACGCCCUGAACAAGCUGCACAACGCGGAAGAGAAGGUAAAAGAGCUGGAGGCGUUUGAGGCAAAGGCCAGUGAGCAAACAAAGGCCAUUGAGACCCUGAAGCAGGAGCUGAGGGCUGCAGAAGACAAGCUGAAGGAUCUGGACUUGCUGAAGAAAGCAGAGGAGGAAGGUAUGGUGGAGAUCAGGAGCCUGGAGGAAAAGCUGGAGAUGGCUGAAGCCUUGGCAGCUUCUCAGGGCAGCAAGGCUAAUAACUUUGCCAAAGAGCUUGAGGGAAAAGAUGAGAAACUUUCCAGUCUUGAGCAGAGCCUGGCAGCAUUGAGCCAGGACAAGGCCUCUUUGGAACAGCAGCUGCAGACUUUGAAACAGAACCUUGAUGGCACAGCAGACGAUCACAAGAAAGUCCAACAAACUAUGCAAGCAUUACUUGAAAAGCUCAGUAAAAAAGAUGAACAGUGCUCGUCCCUGUCUAACGAGGUGGAGGCCUUGAAAACUAAACUUGGAGAAAUGGAAAGGAAAAUGAAGUCCAGUGAGGAGAGAGCGGAACAGCUGACCAAAGACAAGGCGAGACUGGAGAGUGACAUCACCGAAACGAUGAAGUCAUCAGGGGACAGCUCCGCCCAGCUCACGAAAAUGAAUGACGAGCUUAACCAGAAAGAAAGAAAGCUAGAGCAGCUGCAGACCCGGCUUUCAGAGGCCAAUGAAAAGGCAGCCCAGAUGGAGGAGAGCCUCAAGCAGGCGACGUGCAGAGCAGAGCAGGUCCAGCUGGAGACGAACGGGAAGCACCAGGCAGAAGUGAAAUCCAUGCAGCAGAGACUGGUAGAGAUGGAACAGAAAGUUGAGGAGAGCAUUGCCCAGAACAAGGACUUGCAGGCCACUCAUGAGAAGACCCUUGCAGAAGUGACUGUGAAGAACAAGCAGUUUGUGGAUGAGCUGAAGCAGAAGGCACAGCAGAGUGAUCAAGCGCUGGCGAGCGCGCAGGAGAGGAUCAGCGAAAUGGAGGCGGUGAUCACCGAACUCAAACAGCACAAGGAGCAAGCUGCGCCUGUAACUUCUGAGCUAGCAUCAGCCAAAGCUGAGGUUGAGCAAUUAACAGAGGACGUGAGAGAGCUGAACUCCGAAAAAAGCAAGUUCAUGCUAGAAAGAGAGAAGCUCGGGUCUGAAAGAGACUUGCUUGUGGAGAAAAUAUCGGAUGUGGAAAUGACAUAUUCCGACCUGGAAAAGAAGCACCAGAGCCUGCUCUCACAAAGCGAAGAGCUGCGAGUGGAAAAGGAAGAACUGCGCAAAGAAAAGGAGGAAUUUCAGUCUAGAAACCAGCAGCUCGAACAAGAAAAGGGAGCUCUGACAUCAGAUAAAGAGCAGCUUGAUCAGGAGGUAGAGCAUCUGAAAGCAGAGAUUGAAAAGUCAGCUGCGGAGACGGAGAGCCUUCAGACCUCCAAGCUGGAACUGAUGAGCAAACUGGAGGAACUUCAGAAAUCCAUCGAGGCCAGAAAGGUUGAUCUUCUGAAAUAUCAACAGGAGAUUCUGCAUGAGAACUCUGCUAGGCAGAAUCUGUUGGCAGAAAAUGAGGAGAUCAUCAAACAGAAGGAUGACAUCCUUGAGGAGCUGAAACAGACUCAAGAAAAAGCAUCACAAGAGCACAAGAAGCUUGUGGAGCAAAGGGAAGCAGUGGAAGGCCAGAAGAAGGUGCUGGAGGUCGCUCAUUCUGAGCUUCAAGUUCGACACAGCGCUUUAGAAACGGAGAGAGAACAUCUGGCUCAAAUAAACUCCAAGCUGCUCUUAGAAAAAGAGAAACUAGAGAAAGACAAAGCAGAACUUGACUCAAAUCUGCAGAAGACUGUCUUGGAGAAAGACGCCUCAGCAGCCAAAAAAGGAGAGCUUCAGAGCCAACUGAACAGCGUCAAGAAGGACCUGGACAAGUCGGCCCGAGAUACUGCUGAACUCCUAGCUUCCAAAGAAAGCUUGGCUAAACUCCUGGAAGAAAUUAAGACCAGUAGGGAGGUGACGGAUUCCGAGAGGGUUCAUCUGCUCCAGGAAAAAGAAGACCUGCUUGCAGUUCAGAGGAGGGUGUGUGCUGAGAAUGAGGAGCUUCUGAGAGAGAGGGAGGAGACUUCAGAGAAGCUCCGUCUGUUGGGUGAGGAGGCAGACGCCACUCGAGAGAAGUUCCGGCAGGAGAAAGAAGCCUUCGGAAGAGAGAAAGAGGCUCUCUAUCAAAAGUGGGUUGAACUCGAGAACAGGUUUCAGGCACUGCUGGAAGAAAAGAAAGCCCUGGAAUUCAAAAUUGAGUCUGAAAAGGAUUCCUACAUGAAGGAAAGAGAAGACCUGACGGAGAAGCAUGAGAAGGAGCUCUCGGAGAAGGCAGCCUUGGCUCUUGAGAGGGACCAGCUUGUAGUCAAUGUUGAGAGUGUAAAAGGGGAACUUGAAAAAACGGCCCAAGAAAACGCUGACCUGCAAGCAGCAAAAUCCAACCUGUCUUCUCUCUUGGACCAGCUUCAGCAAGGUAAGGAGGCUGUUGAAUCGGCGCAUGUUUCCCUCCAGCGGGAAAAAGAUGAACUAAAAGCACAGCUUCAGAAGGAAUGCAUGGAAAAAGAAUCCCUUGUGAAAGAGAAGGUGGACCUGGAAGAGAAGUGUCAAAAACUAGAAGCAGCAGCCAUUGACGUGCAGGGUGAGCGGACUCUCGAAAGGGAUGCUGUUCAAAUGGAAAAGGAUUCCCUCACGGACCAGCAGUUGGAGCUUAGGGACAAAUUGCAGUCGUUGCAGAAGGAGAAAGAGGAUCUUGCUGUUCAGUAUAAAGACCUGCUUUUGAAGAAAGAGUCCAUUCUUAAAGAGAAGGAAGAACUGCAGUCCCAACAGAAGCACAGUGCUGAGGAGAAACACAGUCUACUGGCUGAGAAGGAUGGGCUGGUGUCCAAAAUUGAGGAGCUGCAGAAAGAGGCUGAAGCUUUAUCUCAAGAGAAUGCUGAGCUGCAUGCUUCGGAGUCCAGCCUCUUGAAAGACUUAGAUGCCCUACGCAGUAGCCAAGAAGCAAUGGACUCUGAUUACACCAAACUGCUGCGGGAGAAGGAAGACCUGAAGGCUGCUCAUGCAAAACUGCUCUCCAAGAAUCAGGAGUUUCUCAACGAGAAGCAGCAAUUGGAGCAGGCGCACAAGGACUUGUGUGAAGAAGCCGCCACUACCACCAAGGACAAAGAAGAAAUUUCAGCCAGGCUGAGUGACGUGAGCAAUGAGAAAGAAGCCUUGAUUAAAGGGAAAGAAGACUUGGAGUCCCAGCUAAAGCGCAGUGGGGAUGAGAAACAAGAUCUUGUGGCCGAGAAGGACGGUCUGGUUUCCAAGAUUGAGGAGCUGAAGGAUGAAGUGGAGGCUUUGACUAAGGAGAAGGCUGGGCUGCAGGCCUCGGAGUCCAGCCUCCUUAGGAAGCUGGAAGCACUCUCUAGCAGCCAGCAGGUGACGGACUCUGAUCGUACCAGACUGCUGCAGGAGAAAGAAGACCUUCAGGCAGCUCAUGCGAAACUGCUCUCCGAAAACCAUGAGCUUCUCAAGGACAAGAAACAGCUGGAGCUGAUUUACAAGAACUCGUGCAAGCAAUCUGCUGUCACUGCACAGGAGAAAGGAGAGUUCGCAAGCAGGCUGGAAGAAAUGAAGACCGAGAGAGAGACCCUGCUCAAAGAGAAGAGGGAAGGGACCAUGAAAUUAACAGAACUUGAGGCUCUUCACAAAAGUGCUAUUUCAGAGAAGCUUGAGGCUGCAAAAACAGCUGAAGAGGCUCUGCGCUCCCUGGACCAGAUAACCAAGGAGAAGAACGACACCCAGGCCUCACUAGAGGAGACCAAGCAAACAAACCAGAAACUGCAGCAUGAGCUUGAUGCAUUAAAACAACAGAACUCAAGGUUUCAAGAGGAACUUAAUGUGUCGAAAGAGCAACUCGCAUCAGAGAACAAGAGGAUAGACGUCCUCAGCAAGGAAAUCGAGGAGCUGAAGCUGGCAGCAGUUCAGAAGUCCCAGCAUCUCUCAGCUCUGCAAGAGGAGAACGUGAAACUGUGUGCGGAGCUGGGCUCGAGCCGAGAGGAGGUCAGCAGCCAUCAGAAGCUUGAAGAAGAGCGAUCUGCCCUUAAUAACCAGCUACUAGAAAUGAAAAAGAGCUUGCCCAAUAAUACUUUAAGAGAGUCUUUAUUAAAGAAAGGAUCCAAUGAGGAAAAGGCUUCCUUAGAGAAAUCCAUCCAAAAAACUAGUGCCUUGAUCUCCGAAAAGGACAAAGAAUUGGAGAAGCUCAGAAAUGAGAUUACAGUGUUGCGAGGAGAGAAUGCCAAGACUAAGACACUGCAGUCUGCAGUGCAGUCCCUGGAAACAGACAAAGCCAAACUGCAAGAGAAGGUGCAGAAUCUGGAGAAGAAACUCACUGAAAACAAGCGGGACAACAACACUGGCUCACCGGGAGACGCUGAUCUUGAGCAGCUAAGAGAAGACAGGGAGUCUGCAGAGAGCCAACUUGACUUCCUCAAUUCAGUGAUUAUAGAUCUGCAGAGGAAAAAUGAAGAGCUGAAGAGCAAACUGGAGAAAAUGGCAGAAGCGUCUCUCAACGGCAAUAAUGCCAGUGAACUGGACAACUAUGACAGUUUCAAUGAAACCCAGGAGAAGAAGAAGAAACCUGCCCCUCGUCUCUUCUGUGAUAUCUGCGAUUGCUUCGACCUCCACGACACGGAGGACUGCCCCACGCAAGCGCAGAUGUCAGAAACUCCGCCGCACACCGCUUACCACGGCAGCCGGAAGGACGAGCGUCCCUACUGUGAUAUCUGCGAGGUGUUCGGACACUUGACCAACAGCUGCAACGACGACGAGACCUUCUAGUGCGGUCAGCCGUUACAAACGCGCUUCGAAAGCUCAAAGAUAUAAUUGGACUGGAACAUGCAAGAAGAUCACACACACACACACACACACAGAUAAAUCUGGAGAUUGGGGGGAUUCGCAGACCCCAGGACGAGCUCUUGCUUGGUUGUCUAAACCUCACAGACGACACCCCGCCGUGAACUAUAUCUGUAUCCUCACCCUGCUUAUUGGUCUUGAGCUCUUCAUUCGUCAUCUCAAUGUUACACUUUAAAGAAGUCAUUCCUAUCGAAGCUGAAACAUUGCAGUACGUUUAAGGAUGAAAAAUAUAUAAUAAUAAUAAAAAUAAUAAUAAUAAUAAUAAUAAUAAUAAAACCAAGGAACAACUCAGCCUUAUUAUUGACUGUUUUUAAAUUAUUUAGUGAAUGGAUAUGUUUAAGUUUCUGGCUUUUUUUUGUUUGUUUUUGUGCUACAGAAACUAGCACGCCACUUUUUAAAAAAAAAUGUAUUCUGAUUAUCAGUAAGCAAUUGGUACAAAAUUGGGGUAAUUCUGUGGAAUUGGUGUAAUGUAUUUAAAAUGCAUGUGGCUUUAACAUCUGUAAAAAAAACCCCCAAAAAAACAAUACAAUACAAUAAAAUCUAAUUGCAUACAGUACUAACAUCAAGUACUGGACAAGCCUCGCUGCAGGGGUUACAUGGGAUUUGAACACCCUAUUGCACUGCACACUUUAUACUGCAUUUUCUCCUCUUUUUAAGCUUCUAUAAUAGCCUUUAUAUUAAAGUGUCUCAAUUAUCAAGGCAUUUUAUUAUUAUAUCCUGAAGGAAUAGUAACACUGUCGAAUUAAGGUUUUCUGUAUUACCUUGUAUGUAAUUAUUUUUAAUUAUCUUUAGCAUAUGUCAAAGUAUGGAUCAUAUAAUUGUAUCAUCCAUUACUGUAAAAUAUAUACAUGGGGAAAAAAAAAUAGACCUAUCUAACUGUACAUACGUGUUGUAUUUUUCUGAAAACGAUGACACAAGGUCAUGAAGAAUAUUUUUUUGUUCUGUUGUAAGUUUGGGUUCUGUAAUGAAUGUAUAGAACUGGAACUGUUGCAGGGAAAAGGCACAUUGUAAAGACAGUAUUAACCCAAGCACAGUGUGGACUGUAUUUACUUUAAUAAAUGCUUAUUAUCUUCAA